GCAGCAGCAGAAGCAGAAAGCAGCAGCAGCCGCCGCCGCCGCAGGCGCCGAGAUAGAAUGCAUCGCCUUGGCAGCCUUGGCACUGCUUCCUUCCUCAGCGCGCUGCCCCCCUAAAGGGCGCAGCGCUCAGCAUUCAAUACCCGGAAUCACCAACUUUGCUAAUUUAUGUACACAUUUCUCUUCCACGAUGAGCAGACGAAUAGAACUUCACAUUUUCAUGGUUCUUGUUAACAUCCUGCUUCUCUCCGUCUCACAAUGUCUGGCUUUCCCCAAAAUGGGAAGGAGGGAGAUAGCACAUAUUGAAGGUCAAACUGAGAGAUGGAAUAUAGAUGACCUUGAAAAACCCGGACCUUCAAAGCAAACAGCUCAAAUGGCACUAAUAGAAGAUUCAAAUAUAGUUUUAACAGAACUAUCUGGAACAUCAUUGAAUAAGGGGUUCACUGUUGGGGGAGAAACACAGCUUACUGAAGUCAGCAGUGUGUUCACACAUAGUCAGAGCACUGAUGUGUACACCCCUACCAAGUCAAUGGCUUCUUCAGAUGAAGGAGGGUUUAGUCCUAGUGAACACAAUAAAGACUUAGCUGAAAGUAGGUUAACCACAGCUGUUACUACAGUAGUCUCCCUGAAUAGUAAUGUGAAGGCUGAUUUUUUUAGUAGUUCCAGUAGUAUGCCCACUGUUGAAAAAGCCACAGAAGCAGGAGGAGGUUUUCCAAGGCCUCUGGGAGAUCAAUUCUUAGAGACAGAAGGUAAGGCAGAUGACAGUCUGGAACAUUCAAUGACAACCCAGUUGAACACUGAAGAAAUGUUAACUACUAACCCAAGAACUGGAAACUUGGAAAUAACCAUUGAACAUACAACGAUGUCUUCUUCUGUGACAAAUCCCACAGCAGAGAUUGGGACUGGUAUCCUCACUUCAAGUAGAGAGAGUCCUUCACAGCUGACAGCUCAUCAGUCUCAGGCCACUGUCACUGAACACCUACUUGACUCCUCAGAGUACUUCCCAAGCAUUGAGUCAGAAACAGACAGUAUGCUAGGAGGCACGGGGAUGGCAGCCAGUGCUCCAACAGCAGCUUCAGGUAUUCCAGCUGUCUCAGCCCUGAAUGAGGAUUGGGAUGAUACCAAAUUAGCAAGUGCAAGCCAAAUAGGAAUCUCAGAGCCCAGAGUCAAUGCAGGGACUCUUUAUGUGGGAGCCAAAGCUCCUCAGACACCACAAUCAGACCAUGAUGAUGUGAAAGGAGGGGAACCCUUGACAGAUUUUGCAGAUGUUUUGGGACAAGUUGGAGAGGGGACACAUAUUGAGGCAUCUCCAGUGACGGUGCAUGUGGAAGAAAAAUCUGUUGCCUUCACUGACCUGUUUAUGAAUCCUAAAGAAGACACCAAAGUGACAACUAUAAGCUUAUUCCAGAAUACAAGACAACUAGAUGGUAGGGAAUAUGAUGCCUUAUUUUUUCCUGUGACUACAGUUCCCAUCACAGAUUCUCAGUCUGAAGCAUUCUAUCCUCUGGGAAAUACACUAACAGAUAAUAUAGCUCAAGAGAUGAUACCUAGUCAAGAUGGAGAAGCCACUUUAUCGUCUGUCACACAAGAGCAGGAUUCUUCCCUGGACAUCCCCAGAAAAUCUGGUGAGACUGAAGAAAGAAACAAGAGCCCAUCUCCCAUCACAGUGGUUUCUAGUGUGACUCAGCUACCAAGAAAGUCAGAAUACUUGGCAACUACUGUCUCAGCUACUGCCAUGCCUUUGUCUCUGUCAGUUACUCCAGCCUUAACAGUCACUGACUCAAAAGAAGAGACAUUACCUCCAGCCUUUGACCCUUCAGUGACCUUUCCAGGAAUGAUGGAAGAGACAAUGGAUAUUUCCCUGACAUCUGCUUCUGUAACUUCCACCAUAAGAACUGUUCCAUCUAUAAGACACAUUAGUACUUCUGUGACAUAUGACCUGGAACAGAUGGAAUCACAAGAGGGAGAGGAAGAUGAAGACGAAGAAGUGGGGGAAGAGGUUCUGUCCUCUGGGAAUAGUCAGACCAAAUCGGCUAGCUCUUAUAUCCGACAAUCCUUUAAAUAUUUGCAGGAGGCCUUGUCCCCCUAUGCCUGA